UCCAUUGGAUAUCUACAUGGUUUAUUACUAGUAAUUGCCGAUCCAAUAAUUUGAAAUCCAAACAGCCAGGAAUCGAGUGGGAAAAAAAGCUAGAGGCGGAAGCCGGCGUUCGAGAGAAGAGAAGAGAAGAGGAGAAAACCCUCGGUCCCUUCUCCUCUCGACCUUCCGCUUCAAAAUCCAGGGUUUCCAAUCUGAUCCCCGCCACCUCGGAGACCCUAAUCCGAGCUCUGGGAUGAACACCAGCGCCGUCCCUACCCCGCGGAGAAACCAUCUGGCCCCACGGCGCGGCCCGUCGGCUGGCAGGAAGAAUUCUAACUUGGAGAACGGAGGCGGCGCCGGCGCCGUCAAUGGGAACGGGAACCCCGCCAAGCCGACGUCUCCCAAGCAAGCGUCUUUGGGUUUUGAUUGGUUUGUGGAGGUGGAGCAGUGGGGAGAGGACGGUGAGGAAGCUGAGGUUGUCGAAAGCUCUGACCAUUCCCGAGGGGACGACUGUCUCGGAUGCCUGCCGGAGGAUGGCUGCCCGGAGGGUGGAUUCUGUUCUGCUAACGGAUGCUAAUGGGCUUCUGUCCGGGAUUGUUACGGAUAAGGAUAUAUCAACCAGGGUUAUAGCGGAGGGUUUGAAGCCAGAGCAGACAAUUGUUUCAAAUAUUAUGACUAGGAAUCCUGUGUUUGUCAUGGCGGAUACUCUGGCUAUUGAGGCAUUGCAGAAGAUGGUCCAAGGCAAAUUUAGACACCUUCCUGUUGUAGACAAUGGUGAAGUUAUUGCCAUGCUGGACAUCACAAAGUGCCUGUAUGAUGCUAUAUCGAGAAUGGAAAGGGCUGCAGAGAAAGGCAGUGCCAUAGCAGCUGCUGUGGAAGGGGUUGAACGACGAUGGGGAAGCAACUUUCCUGCUCCUUAUGCUUUCAUAGAGACGCUUCGAGAACGGAUGUUUAAGCCUUCUCUAUCAACUAUCAUCACAGAAAACAAUAAAGUUGCAGUGGUAUCUCCUUCAGAUCCUGUGUAUGUUGCCUCCAAAAAGAUGCGUGAACUUCGAGUUAAUUCAGUGAUAAUUGUGACCGAAAGCAAAACUCAAGGGAUUCUAACCUCAAAGGAUGUACUCAUGCGAGUAGUGGCUCAGAAUCUUCCCUCUGAGUUGACUCCAGUGGAAAAGGUAAUGACUGCAAACCCUGAAUGCGUGACAGUGGAUACAACAAUUCUUGAUGCACUGCAUAUAAUGCAUGAUGGAAAAUUCUUGCAUCUUCCAGUGCUGGAUAGAGAUGGCCAAAUUGCUGCUUGUUUGGAUGUUUUGCAGCUGACUCAUGCAGCCAUUUCCAUGGUUGAAGGAGGUGCUGAAGUUGUAAAUGGUGUGGCAAGCACGAUGAUGCAGAAGUUUUGGAAUUCUGCUUUUGCUCUGGAGCCACAAGAUGAGGAAUCCGACAAAAAAAGUGAACUGUCUGCAUGGAUGACGUCAGAGUGCAUGGAAAAUGGGAAGCAUCCGUACCCCCCUCUUGGUCUUGGUAACUCAUUUGCUUUUAAGUUUGAAGACCGAAAGGGACGAGUUCAUAGAUUCAAUUGUGGUACAGAGAGUUUAGCUGAGCUUGUAUCUGCUAUAAUGCAAAGAAUAGGGCUUGACACUGAUGCAGAAAAAAUUCAACUCUUGUAUGAAGAUGAUGAAGGUGACAGAGUACUUAUGGAUACAGAUAAUGAUCUCAUUGGAGCUGUGAACCAUGCCAGAUUAGCUGGAUGGAAGGUUUUAAGACUGCAUAUUGACGACUCUGAUACCAAGAAGGAAGCCACAAGGUUGAAGUCAGAUCUUGCAACCAUCCAAAGGAGAGGAUUGUCAUCUCUGCAAACUGGGAUUGUGGCAGGUGCAAUCAUACUGACAGGAAUUGGGGUAACGGCGGGCUUGAAACGAUCCACGAUGUGAUUUUUCUUGAAGAUGAGGAGAAUUAUUUGAAGAGUAGCAUAUACAGGUCCAAGCUCCAGUAUGAUGUAGGCAGGCAACAUUUUAAGUUGAAAGCUCCCUGAAAUCAGAGUAUGGUCUCCAGAUGGUAUGAACUUGGAAAGAGUCUCAUCCUCUUUUUCUUUUUUUCUUUUUUUUCUUUUUUCCAUGGACAACUUUUGUAUAAUACAAAUGAUGCAGUUGGCUGGGAAAGGCAAACUCAAAGGAUAUACUGAAACAUUUUAGCAACCGAGUAAUAGGGUAUAAGGAAAUAUGCAACACAGGGCAACCAAUCUAUGGUGGCUUUUUAGACAAACUGAAAGCAUGUCACUAGUGCUAUGUUUCUUUUUCUCCAGAUCUCUUGCAUCAAAGACUGCAGUUUUUUGUCAGUUAUAUAUGUCUUUGCAGAUAAAACAACUCUUGGAGACUUUCAAAGGUUGUAUACAUCAAAAGGAUUGAAAAGAAAAAAAAUUCUGAAAA